GGAGCGGGAGCGGCGUUCGCGCCUGCGCCGAGAAGCCGGCGCGGGGAGCGCAGGGGCUGAUGCCAAAAUGGCGGAGCGCGGAUACAGCUUCUCCCUCACCACCUUCAGUCCUUCUGGAAAGCUUGUUCAGAUUGAAUAUGCUUUGGCUGCAGUAGCUGCCGGAGCUCCAUCAGUUGGGAUUAAAGCUGCAAAUGGAGUAGUGUUGGCAACUGAGAAGAAGCAGAAAUCCAUUCUGUAUGAUGAAAGGAGUGUCCACAAAGUAGAACCAAUUACCAAACAUAUAGGUUUAGUGUACAGUGGUAUGGGUCCAGAUUACAGAGUACUUGUGCACAGAGCUCGGAAGCUGGCCCAGCAGUAUUACUUGGUUUAUCAUGAACCCAUUCCAACAGCUCAGCUAGUACAGAGAAUUGCUUCUGUGAUGCAGGAGUACACACAGUCUGGUGGUGUUCGUCCCUUUGGUGUAUCACUGCUAAUAUGUGGCUGGAAUGAAGGGCGGCCGUAUUUAUUUCAGUCGGAUCCAUCUGGAGCUUAUUUUGCCUGGAAAGCAACAGCAAUGGGAAAAAAUUACGUCAAUGGGAAAACAUUUCUUGAGAAAAGGUACAAUGAAGAUUUGGAGCUUGAAGAUGCCAUUCAUACAGCUAUCUUAACACUAAAGGAGAGCUUUGAAGGGCAAAUGACAGAAGACAACAUUGAAGUUGGUAUCUGUAAUGAAGCUGGUUUUAGGAGGCUCACUCCAACUGAGGUUAAGGACUACUUGGCUGCAAUAGCGUAGUAGAAACCGAGCUAGACUGUGUGGUUCACACAAAGGUCUUUUUAAUUUUGGCUACUUAAAUGUUUUUCUUUGCAGUUUUUGCAUACUUAUUUCUACAUGGUUUGUCUGAGAGAUUUUUUAAACAUCAUGGGUGCAAAUAUAACGGUCCUUGAUAUUGUAAUAGAUGGAAUCUUGUUAAAGAUAAUUCUUUCCCUUGAUACACAAAAUACUGUACAAAAUGUAAAAUUAUAGUGACAGCUUGAAAAAGGUUAAAGAAUAAAAUCAAAGGCCAUUGUUUUGGG